AACCAUUUACGCGCGAAAGUUGCGGACGUUCGGAUUUCGCACUUCAAAUCAUUUACGAAACAUUACCUUUUGUGCAAUACUGUCUGGUACAAAAGAAAAUUCGUUCAACAGUUUUCUAAAGAAAUAUUGUGUGGAAAAUAUAAAUACUUGUUUAUACAUAUUUUCGUGUGUAAAUACAGUGUUAUAACAAAUUAUUAAAUAUAUUAAUUGUCUGCGAUUGCGAAAUACGAAUUUAGGUCUCAAUUUUCCUAGGCCAGCGCAGUUAGUCAGGAAAAUGAGUUUGAGCCGAUUGUGUCGAGUCGUUAAAUGCGAUUUAGUGAAAGUUCAGUCAUCUAGUGCGUUGGUUUCGAAACUUUGGGGACCUUGUGCUGGGAGGGAAGUGAGCACGAGUUGCACGCAACCUGCCAGUAUUGCACAACACAGUACGAAGCCGGAUUGGAACCGGGCUGUCAGUGAGGCGGAGAAGAUUGUAGGAUAUCCGACCUCCUUCCUGAGUCUCCGAUGGGUUCUGAGCGACGAGAUCGCGAACGUAGCGCUCCAUUUGCGCAAACUGGUUGGGAGUAAUCACCCUUUGUUGAAAACGGCUAAGAAUCUGAUCUACAAUGGCAAGAACAACAUGCAAGCGUGGGGUCUCAUCGUGCUGCUGGUCUCCAAGGCUGCCGGCCACAGCCCCGAGAUCCCGGACAUGGAGCAGGACAAGGCCGCUGGGGUUCUGCACAGUCAACGCGCUCUCGCCGAGGUGACUGAGAUGAUUCGCACAUCUCACCUGGUCCAUAAGGGGCUGGUCAACAUGAACUCCCGCCAGCCCAUCGCAGCGGAGCCUGAUGACAUGAUGUUUGGCAACAAGAUAGCGUUGCUCAGUGGGGACUACCUGUUGGCUAACUCUUGUUCUGAGCUGGCUAAUUUAAGGAAUCAAGAGCUGGUCGAGCUGAUGUCAUCAGCUGUACGAGACCUGGCUGAAGCGGAGUUUCUCGGCGAGAGGGACGAGCAGAACAACCCUCUGCCAUCGCGACCUCUGCCUAAAGAGCAGAUCCAAGAGGCCACAGAAUGGGAUUGCAUAGUGGACCCUCUCCCGAUGGGCGGCGUGAUCGGGUGCGCGGGUCGCGAGUGGUCGGCGCGUCACGUGCUGGCGGCCGGCGCGCUGCUCGGCAAGAGCUGCUCCGCCGCCCUCAAGCUGGCCGGCCAUAAACCACAGCUACAGACACAGGGCUACCUCUUCGGCUGCCACCUAGCCCUAGCAUGGCAAGCCUUCCUCGACCUGGAAGCGUUCACGGGCCCCGAGCCCGCCAGCUUCUCCCUCGUCGGGGCCCCGCUCGCCUUCACCCUGGAGGCCAGACCUGAACUGUACGAGUAUAUUGAAGCCGGGAAGAAGAGCGUCCAGGACGUUGAUUAUCACGCUCUAUACACAGCGGUGCUCGCAGGCGACGGUUUGGAGCAAACCAAGCGUCUCCAGCGCUCGCACAUCGCCCGCGCGGUGGACGUGCUGGACAGCUUCCCCAACUGUGACGCCAGGACUGCACUCGCAAACAUCAUUGUUGCUAUGCACCAUGAACAUUUGUGAAGAUAAGUCGUAAAUAGGUAUUAUUUGUUAUCAUAGCUUUAUACUGCAGUAAUGACACGUGAUUUUAGAGAAAACACAACACAAUUCAGAGUCAAAUCUAUUUGGAGACUCCUUGGAAUGCCCUUUGCCGGGCUUUACCUUCGCAGAACUCCAUGUAAGUUAUGACAAAAAAAAACAAUCAAUUUCUUUAAUAAUUUUGUUGCCAUCCGCUAUAAAUACUUCUGAAGUAAAGAUGGCCGUACCCAAAUGCUCUCGUGAUUUAAGAAGGGACGUUAAUGCAGGUCAUAUAAUUAUAUUGAAAUUGGCUCAAGAACAGUGAACACUCUAACAUUCAUCUCCAAUAUCAUCUUUGCUAUUUUGCUGUUUAUACCUAAAUGUCCAUAAAGUGACGUCAUGUACAGGGAAUACUUAAUGUUUCAUUCCGUAUCCAUUUCAUUCAUUUCGCAUAUUAGUUAAAAAGCCUUCUUCUUAAUAUUGUCAUUUCUAAAGGGAAUCCGUGCGUCAGCAAAUUGUCUGACUCAAGCUAUAGACCCAGUUAUUUUAUUGAGAAAUUACUUUGGGUGUUACUUAGAAUUUAUAGUAAAUCAGGUCAUAAUUUGAGAUCCCCAAUGCGAAAUGUCCAAUUCGUUUUAUAGAAAUCAAUGCUCUGUAUUGUAUAAUUAUGAAUAGUAAUGUCAAGUUUUAUACAAUUUCAUAUUAUAAUGUCCUUUAUAAUGAUCCUUCCAUGUUUUAUACACUGUUAUCCAAUUGUGUUAUGUAAAAAAUAAAAAAGUUACCACAAAAACAACAUAAUAUACAAAACAAUAUUUAAGAAAUUAAAAUGACAUUGUGAACAAAUGCUCAAAGUAUUGUAAGUAGUUUUUAUCUUUGUAUUUUAAAAUUAAA